UCACUAACUACAAGUAAUGUUGUAAAUUUAUAAACAAUUGUAAAAGAGGUUAGAAUUAUUUUAAAUUGUGCAAAAAUGGAGUUAGAUAUUUGGCGAGCCGAUUGGGGCUUACGCUCUGUAGAUAUAGAUUGUCUGAGAGUUUUGGUGUAUUCAAAAAUUAUUGGUUGUCCCUUGAAAAUAUGUGAAACAAACAACCCAUUUAGAAGUCCUAAAGGUCAGUUACCUGUUUUGAGAGAUGGACGUAAAAGGUUCUGUGGUUUCGAUGAUAUAAGGAGUUAUUUAAGCUCUCAGGGAUAUGGUUUGGAUAGAUCAGUAGAAACUUCGGAGCAUAGUAAUGCUGUAGCAUAUCAUGAGCAUAUUAAAACAAAACUACUACCAGGUUUGCAGUACGUCUGGUGGAUUGAUACAAAGAACUACACAGAAUUUGUCAGACCCUGGUACGCCAAAGCACUGCCUCUCCCUUUAAAUUACAUAUAUCCUGGCAGGUACGAACGCCAAGCCAAGGCUUACAUGGAAAUUGUGUACGGUGAAGAAUUAACACCAAAACAACUAGAAGAAAUUGCUUAUGCAGAUGCACAAAAAUGCAUAUCAAUGCUUUCAGAAAAAUUAGGGAACUCUGAGUUCUUCUCUGGUCUAAAACCAAGUUUGUUGGAUGUAAAUAUUUUUGCCUAUCUUGCGCCUCUGUUGAGAGCACCUUUGCCUUCAAACGCUCUGCAAAAUUAUCUUAAGCAUUGUGAUAAUUUAGUCAAAUUUAUUAACAGGAUAUGCGAGAUGUAUUUUCCAGAAAUACAAUCAGAAUACAUCCAAUCGCAAAAGAAAUUAGCCGAAGAGACCAGAAGAAACAUGCAAAAGGCUCAUGAAAAAGGUCAAGGUGAUGCUGAUGACUUCCCUCACAAGACUCGUUCCUUCUUUCUGGCCGGUAUAGUUGCAUUUGCAGCCAUGGCCGGUUAUGCUUUGUCUUUAGGAAUUUUACAAAUUUCAACAGAAAGUGGUGAUUCUUAUCCGCACGAGAUCAUCGAUGAUGAUGAUGAAUAACAAAGACUGUGGCACCAUUAAAUACCUCGACUAGUCCAUUGUGUACUUUUUAUGAUUCCAAGCAGUAUAUUUGAUAGAGAAAUAUAUUAUUAUAAAUUACACCUUUUGAACU